CAAAAAAAAAUCGCCACCGUUAAAUCGGCAUAGCGCCCUCCUGUGUAGGUUCAAUGCCAGACGAUGACCUACAGCCUUUUCCCUAGAAAGUCGUCAAAAUGAAGCAGGAGUUGUGCCAUUUCAGUGGGUACAAAAUUCAUGCCGGACAUGGCAUCCGAUUCGCAAGAAUCGAUGGCAAGGUGUUCAGCUUUGUCAGCAACAAAUGCCUGGCUUCAUUCAUGAUGAAGAAAAACCCCAGGAAGAUCAACUGGACAGUCCUCUACCGUCGUAAACACAAGAAGGGAACUCAAGAAGAGGUUUCCAAGAAGAGGACGAGACGUGCCACAAAGUUUCAUCGUGCCAUCGUUGGUGUCUCCCUGGAGCAGAUCAAUGCAAAGAGAAACCAGAAGCCUGAGGUGCGCAAGGCUCAGAGGGAGCAAGCCAUCAAAGCUGCAAAGGAGAAGGCGAAGGCAAACAGUGCUUCAAAGAAAGCAUCACAACAGAAGACGGCCAAGCCAGUGAAGCAAAAGGCAGCCCAGAUGCCCAAGGUCAAAGCGCCACGUGUCUCUGGCAAAAGAUAAACUUUAACAUCCGAUAAUCAUUCACUAGUCAUCAAUAUCAAAUCCUGGUAAACUCGUCUCCCUUCACUCAAGAAGCUCAUAAUUACUUCUUAUUCAUUCUUGGUUGUGUACAAAUAUGAAUAAAAAGCCAGUUCACGGUUGAAAUACUGACAAA